UGGCUGACCGGAAGUCGGUUUGGUUAACGCUGGUUCACGUUACUUGAAGAACACUAAAGAAAAGGAGGAAAAGCAGCAGCUACCUAGAAGGACACAGGCUGUUUUUUUUUUUAAAUUAAGGAUAUUCCAAAUCAAGAAAACGUCCAAACUAAAGAAAGCAGCAGUUUAUCCGUCCGACAUCAACAGCUCUGAUACAGCGGCCGUGGAAUGUGGUUGUCUACAGGUGAGUUCUUUUCUGCCUGGUAGUAGUGACGGGCACGUGGCAGGCAUCCCAUGAGCUUAGUGUCAGCCUGACCUGAGCGCUGUGGGCCCGGGCCUGUUUUCUCUGGAUCAGUGCAGUGAUGGAUCACCCCAGAGAUAAAGAAGGCGAGAGGGCGGCGAGGAGCAGCAAAGUGGCCCAGGGACGCAGCGGACACUCGCGGCCUUCCAGCUCCUCCGCGUCCUCUGGCGUCCUCAUGGUGGGACCGAACUUCCGCGUGGGCAAGAAGAUCGGCUGCGGAAAUUUUGGGGAGCUAAAACUCGGAAAGAACCUCUACACAAACGAAUACGUUGCUAUCAAACUGGAACCUGUGAAAUCCAGAGCACCACAACUGCAUUUGGAAUACCGGUUUUACAAAACAUUAGGGAGCACAGCGGAAGGCCUGCCCCAGGUGUACUAUUUUGGGCCAUGCGGGAAAUACAAUGCCAUGGUGCUGGAGCUGCUCGGCCCCAGUCUGGAGGACCUCUUUGACCUCUGUGACCGCACCUUCUCCCUCAAGACCGUCUUAAUGAUCGCCAUUCAGCUGAUCUCCCGCAUGGAGUACGUGCACUCCAAGAACCUCAUCUACAGGGAUGUGAAGCCAGAGAACUUUCUCAUUGGACGACAAGGGAAUAAAAAGGAGCACAUCAUUCACAUCAUAGACUUUGGCUUGGCCAAAGAAUACAUCGACCCUGAAACCAAAAAACACAUUCCUUACCGGGAGCAUAAAAGCCUCACGGGCACAGCGCGAUACAUGUCUAUAAAUACGCACUUGGGGAAAGAGCAAAGUCGACGGGAUGACCUCGAAGCCUUAGGUCACAUGUUCAUGUACUUCCUCCGAGGCAGCCUUCCAUGGCAGGGACUAAAGGCCGACACGUUAAAAGAGAGAUAUCAAAAAAUCGGAGACACAAAGCGGAACACUCCUAUCGAAGUUCUCUGUGAGAACUUUCCAGAGAUGGCUACGUAUCUGCGCUACGUCCGGCGGUUGGAUUUCUUCGAAAAGCCUGACUAUGAGUACUUGAGGACCUUGUUCACUGAGCUGUUUGAACGCAAAGGAUACACGUUUGAUUACACGUACGACUGGGUGGGCAGGCAAAUCCCCACGCCGGUCGGAUCCGUGCACGUGGACUCCGGAGCGUCAGCCGUGACACGUGAGAGCCACACACACAGAGACAGACCUUCUCAGCACCAACCGCUAAGGAACCAGACGGCCUCCUCCGACCGCAGAGGAGCAUGGGAGGUGCAGCCCAACCGGCAGGCCAACUCCUACCUGACCUCCCACCUGGCGUCGGACAGGCAUGGAGGCUCAGUGCAGGUGGUCAGCUCUACUAACGGUGAACUGAACGCAGACGACCAGCAGGCCCACUCCAACGCUCCCAUUACAGUGCAGGCGGAGGUGGAAGUGGUGGACGAGGCUAACUGCGUGAAAAUGCUCAACUUGUGGUGCUGCUGCUUCUUCAAGCGGAAGAGGAAAAAGAACACCGCUCGGCACAAAUGAUCCGCUCCACCCGCUCCACUCAGCCCAUUUUAAGAACGUUCAAUAAAGAAAUUUUAUUCAAAAGAAGACAACAAUGCCCUCAAAAUGAAUCGCCUCAAUGGGACCUGCCUCUGUGUGUCUGUGUGUGUGUGUGAGAGAAAGAAACAUGCACAUAUCGUGUGAAGCGGAUGCAGGACUCGUGGACGGUUUCCUUGUAUCGGAAUAUACACACACAAACACACUUAUUCGGAUCUCUAAGCACUGGAACAGCAUUGCACUCCUCCAUGUUUUUUUUUUUUUGUUUUUUUUUUGCUUUUUCUUUUUCUCCUCGUUUUCCACCCAACACCCCAUCCAUCUUUGAGGGAGCUCUCCCAUGUUCUGCCUUUGUGACAGACCCAGCAGCUCAAGAAGGAUUUUUGGAGAGAGUCACUCCUCAAACAGAGGAGCUUCAUCCACACUGGAGUUCGUAUAUCGAUCCAUUGCACCACCUGCUAGCUUUCACUUCUUUCCUUUGUAAUUUCUGCUCCUCCUGACUUUGUGGAAAUUUUGCUAGCAGAGUUUGUGUUUCUAUUGGACCGAGUCAGCUUAAACAUCGUAAAAAAAAAAAAAGAAAAGAAAAAAAAAAACAACCACCACGCUAAUUGUCUUAACACAACAAAGCUAACAGGCCUUUCCUUGUGGAAUCUGUAAAUGUGUGAAAUAAGCAGCCAAGUGUAAAGUGACAGCGUUGUACUCAUGGCCUUCGACCCUCGUGCUGACGCGAUGUGCUACCUGGCUCUGUUCAAAGGGGACGAAGAGAGCGUCCAGGUCCGACGCUCAGUUCCACGGGCGAGAGCCUCAGCACAUUCCCCACUUCUACUGAAUGCUAUUUAAGCUGCUUGUUCUAAAGCACUCCACCCACUCCGACCUGCCAGCCAGCCAGCCAGCCAUGCUGCUUUCUCCUCUUGUGAUAUGGUAUCGCUUUAAUGUUAAACCUGACUUUUCUAUUAGCUGGGAUUCAGAGCUGAACUCGCCAGUGAGACGCUCCGUGGUUCUCUUUGUAUCAAACGUUCUCACUGCGUUUAUUUGAUUUUUUUUUUUUUCUUCUUUCUUUCUUUUUUUCCAUUGUAAGCAUCUUAUUUGUCUGAACCCAGUCCCAGAUUUGAACGUGGCAUUUCUUAUAUGGUCUUUUUUUUAUUAUUAUUAUUAUUAUUAUUAUUACGAUUAUUAUGCCAUAUGAAUGGAAGCGAUUGCCGAAGAGAAGAAUUAUUUAAUGUGCCAGGGUGGAAUCCGGUCAGUCUGCGAGAGACUGAACAUUCUUUUAUGUUCCUAUAGUAUGCAUUUCUUCACGCCAUGCGUUUGUGUCGAUAUGAACAGAGCGUCAGAACGGUAUAACGGUUAAUAGGAAGCUUGCUAACGUUUGUAAAGUGUAAUAAUGACUGUUUAUGAAGUGUUUUCUUGCCUCGUAGCAGUUUCAGUGGGUAUUCAUGAUCAGUGUCCGAUCCAGAUGAUUUUUUUUUUUUUUUUAAAGGGAACAUGCAAACAUGAUGGUAACUUGAAUGCUGACUUAGAGAGACUUUCAAACUGCCACUGCUAAUUAUCCUCAUCUUAAUGCCUUAACUAACACUAGAUAAGCAGGGCUGCGGUCCUGCGUUAAGACACUACAGAACUCUUCUCGUCUUUUGUUCAUGUAGUACUCUCGGUCCCUAUUAUAUCCCUCUUAUCUGACUUAAACCGGUGACUGCUGGGAAUCGCUGGGUGUCACGUCACUUCUCCAAAGCAGUCGUAAGCGGCUCCAUCACGGGCAGGCCUGUGAUCUCUUAGCUGUAGGAUGAGGCCACUGUUAGAGCCCAUUAAAAAAAAACAACACCACGAUUUUAGUAUCUAGCUUCAGUUCUGGAAAGCUUUAACACACCUGAUUUAACCAGUGAAAGGUCUGGCGUGCGAAUCUGAAUCAGGUUUGUAAAACAGUUUGGUGCUCCAGAAAAACGGAGUUAGAGAAUCCUUUUAUUAAUUAACCGUACCUACGGUGAAACCCCCACGCCACCCCCCCAACACCCCAUAGUGAGUCCCUGCUUUUUUGUGAUUUUUAAAUGUAUAGUAAAUGUGAAUUAAGAUGUAUAAGAAAUUAUAUAACCUCUAUUUUUGUUUUGUUUUGUUUGUUUUUCCUUACCUGGCCAUACAGAAUUUGAAGAGAGAGAGAGAGAGAGAGAGAAAUCAUGGAUAAACAUGAACUGCACUACACUUUCACUACCUUUAGUCUCCUGUCCUCUUCUACACGGUUGCAGUUUUAAAGUUUGAGGAUCUUUUACUUUAGCCAGUUUGAGAAACCCGGUGAGUUACAAGCUUUGAAUUGACCACUAAUAAUAUUUCUAGAAGAUUCCAGUCAAGUCGCAGAACUAACGACGACUCAAAAUACAGCGUGGACUGUAAAGGAAACGGGACUCGCUUUAAACGUAUCGGACCAAAAGAACAGCGAGAUGAUCUCCAUCCAGAUUGUCCGAAUCCGUCGCUUGACUUCUGACGACUCGCGGUUAAGGUUCUGCGUAUUUCAAAGAACGCAAACAUUCGUCGUCGUCUUGUUUCUUAAUUAGCGCUACGAGGAGUGAAAUCCCUGCCGGACGAAACCCGACGUUCUUGCAAGCGGGGAAACGGAUGUCGCUCGGUGUUUGUGGGAACAGAAUAUCAAGGACUGGCAGCUUGCCAUCGAACCAGUGUGUAUGCAACAUGCAUUGUGAGCAAUAUUUCAGAUGAUUUGCUUAGCUAGAGUUUUUUUUGUUGUUGUUGUAUCUCGCACUCGUCCCUGUAACACGAGUUACAUCAGUUGUAAAUUAUUUUUUUGGAACGUACUUGAAUCCUACUCGCUCUGUUGGCACCGAAUCUCUCUCCCAGUCGUGUCUAAGGAGAGGCUUCUUCCUACUUUUUUUUUUUUUUAUUAAAUGUAAGCUGUUUUUUCUUGCAUUGUAUUUGCAUAUAAUGUGCCUCCACACGAAUGUUUAGUGGGAAUUUAGUGGGUUUUUUUUUUUAAUUAUUUGGGACGGGUGCUGCUUGCUGCUGUCGGGUGUGCCUGUGCGCUCGCUUAAGGGAGAACGAUUUGUGCAAGAAGAAGACAAGUCUGUACACCACUUCUCCUUCUAUCCCACGCUCUUCCAUUUCCUUCUGCCAGGUUUCAGAGUUUAGGGUAGUAACGUGUUCGUAUGCUGCACAUCCUCGCUAGUUUUGCCCAGAUUCAGGAUCAGUGUUAUUAAAUUUGGGUAAAAGAUCAAGAUGAAUAAAUGUAAAACUUGGUUUCUAAGAUUUUUUUUUUUUUUUUUUAAUUCUUUUUUUUUUUUGGUCUGUAAAAAAAAAAAAAUAAAUAAAAUGGAGGAAAUCAGCUUUCCAUUAGCUUGGAAAAUGCUUUGAAGUGGCAAAGGGAGCCAUCUGCUGACCAGUUUCACUAAAAAAGGGAUCAGGUUUUUUCUUCUUUGAAAUCCUUGACGUUUUUACAGAUGUCAAGACACUCCUUUUUUUUUAUUUUAUUUUAUUUUUUUUUUCUUUCUUAAACUGGCCUCUCGGCCGAGGCCGACGUGACGACUGACUACUAGCUGAUUUCAAAACAACAUCAUUUCCGUGCCUGUAAAGCAGCUUCUUUUCAUACUGAACAUACUUUCCUUGAUGGUGGUGAAUAAACAGUGAUUUAUCCUCAGAAGAUGAUCAAAAAUAAAUGAAACGCUCAACGGAUGUCUGAAUAGUCGUUACAUUUGCAUCACUGCAGUGAAAAAGUCUUUUAAAGGGUAAACAUCUGUAUGGUUAUGUAGAGGUUUCAACACUUCUACAGGUUAUCCAGUGCGUGGCUUCUGAAGAAGGACGCAGUGGUGAAUCCAGUCAGGUGGGACUUUGUUUGGUGUAAAAUCUGCUCUCACGUUCUCACAUCUUUAGCUUUAAUCCUGCAAGUAUUUUUUUUCUUUUGGAUCAAUGUUGCUGUCACUCAUCCUUGGUUUAAAUCCGCACGACGAUUUUUAUCCAUAUUUCAUCACUACAGUUUUUUGUUGUUUUUUUUUUUCCCUCUCAGUAUUUCGGGAGAGAUUCUGUGCAACACUUUUGAUUUUCUGUUUCUUACCAAAUAACGAUGGUUUAACUUGUACAGUACUGUAAUCCCCUUUCUGGUUCUGGUCAUAUUUAAAACAAAGAGAAAAAUCCUCAUGCAUUGAAUUUGAAGUCUGUGCUUAAAUAUGAAUGUUAAUGCAUUUGAAUGGUUUUGUUUAGUCAAGGGCUUUCGAUCAAGAGGGACCCAUCCUUAACUUUGUAUUUUUUUUUUUUGUUCCCCCCCACUUUUUUUGCAGAAAGAUAAAUGUCUUAAAGGCUAUUUUUCCUGAGGAGUUAUAUGAAGUACCACAUUUAACCUUUCAAAUACAAUUUUUAUUCCCUCCACUCUUAAAGGGAAAAUCAAGUUUGCACCCUUUUUUAUGUAAAAUAAAGGAAAUUGUCUCAA